CACUUCUUCGUUCCCAGGGUUCCGUGAGAGCCGUUUGCCCCACCCCACCUCUCCAGCGCUAUCUAUCUCAAUGUACAAUUCUCAGAGAAAAAAGGGGGUCAAAAUAAUUCAGAGUAACGCCGCAAAGAAACGAUUCUCGUUUCCCCGACCGGUCCACCUGAGCAGACGCGGCCUGUCUGCGGUCAAAAAAAAAGACUAAUGUCUCGCCGUUGGACCAGUGACUGAAAACACCGCGCCACCCACCCUGCCUCUCUCUCUCUCUCUCUCUCUCCCUCUCUCUCACCCCAACACCCCCCCCCCCCCUGGACCUAUCAGUGGGUUUUUGGGAAGAUGGGCUGUCUGGGCAAUAGUAAGACCGAAGACCAACGCAAUGAGGAGAAGGCGCAGAGGGAAGCCAACAAAAAGAUAGAGAAGCAGCUCCAAAAGGACAAACAGAUUUACCGGGCGACUCACCGGCUACUGCUGUUAGGGGCCGGUGAAUCCGGGAAAAGCACGAUAGUCAAACAGAUGCGAAUACUGCACGUCAAUGGCUUCAACGCAGAGGAGAAAAAACAGAAAAUCCACGAUAUUAAAAACAACAUUAAAGAAGCUAUAGAGACGAUAGUUGCCGCCAUGACGACGCUGACGCCGCCCUGCCAAAUAGCCUCUCCCGCAAACCGGAGCCGCUUCGACUACGUCCUCAACCAAGUACUCCAGAAGGAUUUUGAGUUUUCUUCGGAGUUUUAUGACCAUACAAAGAUCCUCUGGCAGGACGAGGGCGUGCGGGCCUGCUGGGAAAGGUCCAACGAAUAUCAACUCAUCGACUGCGCGCAGUACUUCUUAGACAGGAUCGAUGUGGUCAGGCAGAGUGACUACACACCCACUGAUCAGGACCUGUUGAGGUGCCGAGUGCUGACAUCUGGGAUCUUUGAGACACGAUUUCAAAUAGACAAAGUCAAUUUCCACAUGUUCGACGUUGGAGGUCAAAGGGACGAACGUCGAAAAUGGAUUCAGUGUUUUAACGAUGUGACAGCCAUCAUCUUCGUGGUGGCGAGUAGCAGCUACAACAUGGUGAUCAGGGAGGACAAUCAGACCAACAGACUACAGGAAGCUCUCAACCUUUUCAAGAACAUUUGGAACAACCGGUGGCUACGGACCAUUUCGGUAAUUCUCUUCCUGAACAAACAGGACCUGCUCGCUGAGAAGGUGUUGGCGGGCAAAUCUAAAAUUGAGGAGUAUUUUCCAGAGUUUGCACGCUACACGACACCCGACGACGCAAUACCUGAGCCAGGUGAGGACCCCCGAGUCACGAGGGCAAAGUACUUCAUUCGGGAUGAGUUUCUGAGGAUCAGUACAGCCAGCGGGGACGGGCGGCACUACUGUUACCCCCACUUCACCUGCGCCGUGGACACAGAAAACAUCCGGCGCGUCUUCAAUGACUGUCGCGACAUCAUACAGAGGAUGCACCUACGGCAGUACGAGCUCUUGUGAUGGGCGGCGGCGUCCGGCUGACUCGUACCUACCAACCUACUUAUCUAAGGCCCCCCCCUCCCAGACCUCCCUACGACCAGUUAGCCAAUCACCCCCUCCACUUUCUCCAAGUUCAGCAAGCAGCCGAGGCCUCCCCUUCGUCCUGACACAACACUACUUUUCCCAGUUCACAAGAUCCGAACAGCGGAAAGACUUUUCUUUUCUUUUUUUUCUUUUGGAGGAAACACAAUUCAGAAUACAAUAACGUUUUCAUGCACCGUCAGCCAGGACCGACUGCUGUACUCUGCUACAGUUUGACCCAGGGAAGAGGGUCAGAACUGGAAUCCUUCAGUGCAGGCUAGCCCGCCUUUCAGCUCCCUAUCUCUCUCAGAUAAAUGAACACACACACACACACACACACACUAAAGCCAUUCAGAGCACUUAGAUUUUGAUGUCUCAUAUCACCCAAACACACACACAGAGCCUUUAAAAACUAAGCCCUUCUCCUUUGAACAGUUGUUAAAGGCUGUAAUAAAUCUUGUACUCUGAGAGAGAAGCGAUGUCAUUCGCGGCGGGCUGAAGGUGGCGGCUGGGGGGGG